UACAAACAACAAUAGUAACUUCACAAAAAAUAACCAAAAAGAAGAUAUCAUCGUAUUAGUUCUGGAAUAUUAUUGUUAUAUUUAUUUCAUUGUACACUAAACCAUGAUGAAUAAAAUAAGCUACUUUUUCUUUCUUAUUUCCAGAAUUUUGGAAUCUUAAUAUGAUUUGUUAGUGAAAUGGUCCGAAGAAGAAAGACGCAAUUGGAAGAUAUGACCAGCAAGACCUCUGAGGCCAACCCCUUGUUAGCGCUCCUGCUCGUUCUACGGCUAUAUGGUCACGUGCCAGUCACGACCCAUCAGUCAGGUAAUGUAUCGUUUAGUGCGUGUUCGGGGGCUAUGGUUUAUUGCAUGGCCGCCACAGCCGUCCAGCUUACGAUGGUUGGAUAUUCUGUCCGAUGGUUCAUACUCCAAGAAGAGUUUUGGGCCAACUUUGACAACACCAUGAGUUCUGUCAGCUGCUUUGUCAUCCUUCUCUCUGCACUACACCCCGUCUUUUUCACUUGGGCAGACACCCCUCUCAUCGCUAGAUUCGUAAACCAAUGGAAUCAUUUACAAGUGGCUUUGCUGUAUGUGACGCGCGAACCAGUAACGUCUGUCAUUUUGGACUACCCGGUGUCAGGAUGUAUUCUCAUCUCCAUGACAUCUGCAGUAAUACUCUGUCUGUUACCGUCUGUCUUAUCAGGACAUGUUGAUACGAUUGUUGUUAUAACAUUCAUGUUGGUUAUCGGAUACCUAAAUAUGGUGUCUUGGUUCUGGGUCGUGUCUACGCAAUAUGUAUCCAUAGCUGCAAAUCACCUGAAAGAUAGUGUAUUAAUGGCGAUGGAGAAUAUUGCCAGCACACAGAAGCUGAGGAGUCAUCGUGCAUUAUGGUUGGAGCUGCACUCGUUCAGCACGGCGCUGUCAGAGGGCAUGGGAGACACCAUGCGAGCCUGGGAGACCAUCAUGGUCUUCUCGUUCGUGCUGAGCCUCUACAAUUGGGCCAUCUGUAUCCACAGUAACCAGCCCAUCCUCCAGUCUUCUAGUGCGUUUAUGACGGCUGUUCACUCUGGGUUACACACACUCCUGCUCCACAACACAACCCACGUUGCUGACUACAAGGUUGGACGUGGAUUCGCACUAGGAAUAUUAUCAUGCCGCUUUCAGAAGUUCUCGGAUGAGCAACUGAAUGAGGUAGAGCUUCUACUUCUGGCAAUAGAAACCUCCAGCAACCGGUUCUUGCUCAAGGGAAUGAUAGAUUUUAAACGCCCCUUGUUAGUAACUAUUAUGGAGAGUACAAUCACUAUUCUCGUGGUUCUCAUUCAAUUCAAGGUCUUUGUGUAAUAUCACUAAGAAUAUUAAAUUAUAUUACAUUAGAUUAAAAAGAAGAAUAAAGGAAUCUUAGUUCUUA